UCAUGCUCGCACUGCUAAUCCUCCUCGUCGUUUUCUCCGAAACGAUCAACGCAGCGACUUAUACCGUGGGAGGCUCCGAUUGUUGGACAUUUAACAUGGCCACUUGGCCUCAAGGGAAGCAUUUCAGGGCCGGUGACACACUCUUGUUCAAGUACGAUCAGACGAUCCACAACGUGGUGGCGGUUAACAGAGGAGGUUACCAGCGUUGCAUUACACCGGCGGGUGCAAAAGUGCAUAAAACGGGGAAAGAUGAGGUGAAGCUGCGCAAAGGAUUGAACUUCUUCAUAUGCAACGUUACUGGCCACUGUGAAUCUGGAAUGAAGAUAGCCAUUGAUGCUGUGUAAUCACCCACCUACUAUUUUCUUUCAACAACUAUGAUUCUACUUGUUCAUCUAAGACACAACUUACCUU